AUGAAAAUGACCGCCAUUCCAUCCAUAGCUUGCCUAGCUGUCAUCGGCAAAGAUAACAAUCCGCUCCACGUCACCAUUUUUCCAUCCACUGCCCAGCCUACGCCCAUUCUCACGCCCCUCCAAACCUCCUUCCUCCUCUCCUCUACCCUCGACGUCUUCCACGCGCGCUCCGUCGCGAAUCAUACAACGGGAGUCGGACUCUCGGGAGACUACGGGCUCCUACAUGCUAUUGAUGAGCGAUUGGCAGCCUACGGCUACGAGACGAAUACCGCCGUACGAUUCGUCGCCAUAGUCGACUUUCGCGGCCGCUUGAUCAGCCCAGACCAGCAGACUGGAGCCGGCACUGACGGCCGUGCCGGAGGCAUGGGAAUGAGAGAUGGCGAGCUCAAGGCAGUCUUCAGGUCAAUGCAAAGCGCAUACAUUCGACUUCUGCAGAACCCAUUCUAUGAUCCUGAUGAACACGUCGUGAAGGAAGGAAGAGGCGGUAAAAGAAUAACCAGUCGUCGAUUCAUCGAGGAUAUUCGCAGGAUUGGCGAGCAAUGGAUCCCAGAGAGCAUGGCUGUCUAA